ACUUCCGUGACAUGGAAUGCGGUAUUUCCGGUCAUGCUGGCUGCGUGUGCUGUGAAUGAUUGAAUCGAGCUUACACAAGCAUCUUUCAAUUUUCCAGCAAAGCAUCACACGACCGACAAGAUGGUACGAACGGCCUAGACGAAAUUUCGCGAUUUUAAUUGAAUCCAUCUCAGCAUCUGAUUGUUCUUGUUUACGACGUUACUGUGACGUUGAUGGUUAGAAGCUAAGCAAAUUCCAGCAGCUUUUUAUUAAAAAGUUACUUUGGUUAUUGUUAAAUAAUUAUUAAACAGUCAACUGAUGUGAUUUGGAAAAGGAAACAACAGCUGCAUGCCGCAAUGUUGAUGUGAACCCCAAUAUUGAUGACCAACAUUUCGUUAAGACAUGUCGAAGGACUAAGGAACAUAAUGCUGCACUUUUAUUGAUAUUCCGUAUGUUGAUUCUCAUUGUGCAGUAACAGCUGCUUAGCACUAGCAUCAGCCCCUUGCCAAACCCACCUUUCUUUUUAUUAUAAUUUAAAACAUUUGAUGUUAACGUCCAAUGGGGAGGUCAGUUCGUUCUCAGUUUCACAGGAGUACGAAACGUGUCCGGAGCCUUCCGUUGUAGCUGGAUGAAGUUUGAAUUCCACAUUGUUAAACGCAAUGAAGCACAUGACCAAAGUUUCCGUUCUUAUCUUCUUUUUUGUAUUUCUUGUUCUGCAUUUAGUUGUUAUCAAACCGUACUUGGACAACAUCAAUUCAAAUUCAGUCAGCAGUGAGCUGAGUGAUGACGCAGUUCCUCCACCGGGCAAAAGAAUAUUAAUCGUUACAAAAUGGCGAUCAGGAUCGACAUUUCUAGGCGAGAUCAUCAGCAGUGCACCUGGUGUAUUCUAUUCAUACGAACCGUUGAUUUACUUUGAAAAACAUUCCGGCUCCAAGAUGGAAUUGAUCCGCUCCCUUUUCCAGUGCCAAUUUCCCGCUGAUUACCUCCGUUUCGUCAAUGGAUUGUCAACUGAAAUUGGCAGCCAAAAUUACAUGAUCCGCAAUCGCCGAAUUUGGGAUGAGUGUUACUACAACCGCACGUUAUGCUAUCAACCGGAAUUUGUUAAUCAUCUUUGUCCUUAUUACCCGAUCCAUUUAAUCAAAGCUGUGCGGUUACGUGUCAGUGAACUUUCAACGUUCCUUGCAAACGAUCCUGCCCCUAAAGAUUGGAAAAUUGUGCACCUGAUUCGGGAUCCUCGUGGCACCAUGUCUUCGAGGAACAGCCUGACUGAUUGGUGUUACAAAGAUCCUACUUGCAUUGACGUUAAUCACGUCUGUGCUGAAUUGCAGGAAGAUCUGGAGUUGAUACAGCGGAUGAUUAGGGAUUUUCCCGAUCGUCAUUAUCUGAUGAAAUUCGAAGAUUUAGCCGUCAACACUGAGGCGGAAACAGAGAAACUAUUUCGUUUCUUGGGAAUGAGUGUUACAGAACUAACCAAAGCUUUUUUGGAGAGUCACACUCAAUCCGACAACCAAACGAAGAGUGAUCCGUAUUCGACCUUCCGGCAAUCGAACGCUAUUGCGUACGGAUGGAAGUCAAAAUUGUCUGAGAAAGAAAUUGCAACAAUUACCGAUGUAUGUGCACCUGCUUUGCAAAUGUUGAGUGUAUUGUAGUCGGCAAGGAACAAUUUUCAUUUUACACUUGAAAUUUAAACUUGUCCCAUUAAUACGGAUUUGCACCAUUGUAUUUUAUUACUGUAAUAAUAUGAUAUUGGUAAUCCUGCAACUGUAGUUGUAAUUGUAAUAGUGUGUCUUUAUUGCACGAAAGUGAACGAAGUAUUCAGUUUUAUGUGGUUUUAUUAUUGUUUUUACUAUUUUUUCUUCUAGUUAAAUACACUUUCAUCACUUGUAUAAUGCA